UGCACACAGGUUCAAGGGCGAAGAUAAAAACGGAAUGCGCACAGAUUCGAGGGCGCACCGGCCCUUGCUCCGAUGAGCUAGUUCGCCCCUGGCUUUGCCAAAGUAAAAAACUUUAGAGGUAAGUUACACGCAGGAAAAUAUAGUAAAAGACAUGAUCUAGAAAAUUUUUCGAAAAGUUUCCUUGCUAGAGUCACCAAUCGCUCUAGCAAAAAAAAAAAAAAAAAAAAAAAAAAAGAUUGUUAAUAGUUGUGCUUUUAGGACCUCAUUUCGAAAAUUUUUCUAGAAGAGCUCUUCUGACUCCCAUCGCUCGCAAGCACCAUUAUAGUAGGGAUUGCCAAAAGUUUUGUUUUUAAGAUUGAAUAAGGUCGGGGGGGGGGAUGGAUGAGGGUCCUCGAAGUCAUCCCCCGAAUAAAAGUAGCAGAUGAUAUUUCAAAGUCGAAACUGAAACCAAUUUCUGAUGAAGUUAACAGUUCGCAACAAUCGCGAUACAUAAUCACACGAUCGUUACACAAUUAAUCACUUUAGAAUGUUCGUAUUUUGUUUAGCAUUUAUAAUUUGAAAAUAAAAUUGAAUUUAAAAGGUAGUUAAAGUUUAGUUAAAGACGGGGAUGGCUACGGCACUUAUACAAAGCCUCCAUGAAAAUAUGACGUCACAAAUGUAUACUUCCGUUUCGAAUUUCGAUCUGACUUCCGCCACAAAACUAGAAUGGUUUGUUUAUUUUUUCAACACUGGAAAGGCAAAGGCGUGUUCCUGGCAGCAUGAAACUAACAACAUGAAGUGCUACUACAUCAUUACAACUUCCUCAUUCUUCAUUUCAUCAAUAUUCUUGGUCUUGGUAAAAUCUGAACUAUUUACAGCUCUUGUGGAUUUAGAAAAAUUGUUAUACACAGAAGGAGAAAUUGUAAGAACUUUAGAAAAGUAUUUAGAAUUUGAAGAACAACGGUUGGAAAAAGUUAAAUGGUUAAGCAGAGAAUAUGAAAAACUACAUAAUGUAGCAAGCAAAGAUGUAGAAACAUUUUUAUCAAAUCCUGUGAAUGCUUAUUUGCUUGUUAAACGAUUAACAGCAGAUUGGAAAACAGCAGAAAAUCUUAUUGAUGGCUCUCAUAGCAGAGCUAUCAUAGAAAACAUUACACGACAAGAAGAUUUGAAAUUUCCAGACGAGGAAGAUUUGAGUGGUGCUGCAUCUGCUCUGAUGCGACUACAAGACACAUAUUUAUUAGAUACUUCAACUCUAGCUCGUGGUGAAAUUCAGGGAACUUCGCCUUCUGCAGAAUUGUCAGCUGGUGACUGUUUUGAGCUUGGUCGCCAAGCAUAUAAUGAUCAAGACUUUUAUCACACUCUUUUGUGGAUGCAAGAGUCUCUUGACCGUCUGGAAGAUGAAGAAAUUAAAACAUCCACUAAACCCACUAUUUUAGAAUAUAUGGCUUAUUCAACUUAUAUGUUGGGGAAUUUGCGGCAUGCGUUGAAAUUGACAAAGGAACUCAUAUCCAUUGACCCAACUCACCCUCGUGCUCUAGGAAAUCUUCGCUAUUAUCAAGAUGCAGUUAGUAAGGAAGAAGAUUUCAAAAGAGGUGAUGAUGGUGAUGCUUCAAAUGAGUUACAGACUUUUAGUAGGCCCAAAGAAUCUACUAGUACAGAGAAAGACAUUUAUGAAAGUUUAUGCCGAGGGGAGCGCACAAUGAGUUUAAAGGAGGAAAGCAAACUCUACUGUCAGUAUGUAACAAAUAACAAUUCUUACUUAUUGCUUCAACCUGUGAAAGAAGAAGUGUUGUUUUUAAGACCUAGAAUAGUUGUUUAUCAUGGUAUUCUCUCAGACAAUGAAAUGGAAGUUAUUAAACAACUAGCACAACCAAGAUUAGCCAGAGCUACAGUGCAGAAUUCAAAAUCUGGAGAGUUAGAAAUUGCAAGUUAUAGAAUCAGCAAAAGUGCCUGGUUGAAGGAUAAUCACCAUAAAGUUAUUGCUCGAGUGAGCAGACGUAUUAAGGAAAUUACUGGCUUAGAAACCAAUACAGCUGAAGAAUUGCAAGUUGUGAACUAUGGCAUUGGAGGUCACUAUGAGCCACAUUAUGAUUUUGCCAGGAAAGAGGAGAAAAAUGCUUUUAAAAGUCUGGGAACUGGAAACCGUAUUGCAACAUGGAUUAAUUAUAUGAGUGAUGUAGAUGCUGGUGGAGCAACCGUGUUCCCUGAAAUUGGAGUUAGUGUAAAGCCCAUAAAGGGUUCUGCUGGAUUCUGGUACAACUUAUUCAGAAGUGGAGAUGGCGAUUUUGCAACUCGGCAUGCUGCAUGUCCUGUCUUAGCUGGUUCUAAAUGGGUUUCAAAUAAAUGGAUUCAUGAACAUGGGCAAGAAUUCAGAAGACCAUGUGGAUUGUCCCCUAAUGAAUAAUUGAACAAAAUAGCAUUCUUUUUGAAAAGAAUAGGCUGUAUAAAAAGUACUUGACAAAGGGUUUCAGCUCUCACUGACAUAAUAAUGUUACAGCAAACUCAGUUCCUAUCAACAACAAAAAAUGUUCCUGCAUGUGUAGAAAUAUUUAUUCGAUUUGACUUUGAAAAAGAAAAGUUUAAAAGUUUACUGAAUAACUAAAUAUCCUUCAAAAAAGGCAUUUUCCUCUCUCAUGUCAGCCCUUUAUACAGCUUGCCGAAAUUUGACCACUUAUGUAGGGGAUUGACUAAAAUAAAAAGUGUCAGGUUGGGAACCCUUGUUCUAAUUUCUCAAAUAAUCUGAAAAGUUUGGGAACCACUUGUAUAUUUAGCAAAGUUACGGACCCUAAGCCAGGGCUAAGGCAGAACUACAUGCAUAUGUUAUGAUUUUGGUUUUAGCUAUAAAUCAUGUUAGUAGAUACUCAUACUAAUUUUAAAUUCGAAUUCUAGCAUAUGAGUGUGCAAUAAGAAAACCGAAAAUCAAGUUUAGAGUCAUUAGAUUUGAGUACAUAUCUAAUUACAACUAUGUGAAGCAAUUACGAUAUGUCUAUUUAUCAAUUAAAAAAUAAAUAACUGUAAAACUGUUAUGAGAUUUUGUACUCUCUUUGUUCAAACAAAUGUUUGCAUUAUAUCUCAUUGAAAGCUUUUGUUCAUUAAUAUCUAUAAUACUCAGUGUAAUAGUUGAAAAGUUUUUUGUUACAAAAUCAUUUUUAUAUAUCACUAUUAUAUGUACAAGUUAGUAAUAUUUUCUUCUACAACUUUGAACAAUCCUACUGUUCUUGCGUUAAAUUUCACUAUUUCAAAAAAUCAUUUUUAAAUAUAUUAAAUAUUCAUCGUUUUCAAGAAAUAAAAUUGCAAAAUUUAUGCUAAACUCAUAUAUGGUGGAAAUGUCUCAAUUACAGAAAAGUCUACAAAUUAAUUAAGCUGCUACCGAAACCUGCCUUUCAAGAAUAUAGUGUAGUCUCAAAAAUCUGUGGUGAUUGUGGCUCAUGCCUCUUCUGAUUUGCAUUAUCCGUAAAAUUCUUAACUAUUAAAAUUUUAUUAUACUUGGACAACGUAAGCUUGUGUACAUUUUACUUCAUUGUACAAAAAAAAAAAAAAAAAGAAAUGUCUUCACUCAAAUAUCAACAUAAAUUUUCAUUUAAGUACCCCCAGACAAAUUUGAUUUAUUUUUUCACGAUGUCUGUAUGUAUAUCAACUUGCAGGAAACCAAAAAAAAAAAAAUGCAUUUUAGAAUAACCUUGAAUCCAUUUCAAUGAGCUUUGUUGCAACGUCUGUACCUAUGAGCAUGUGUGUAUGUUGCAUAACACAAGAACCUCAGUUGUUGAAAGAUGAAAUUUCUUAUAUACAACUCUUACAUGGAUAAGAUGCACAACUGCCAUUUUUAUUCCAAUUUGAAGUUGUAAAAGUAAAAUUUGAUGGUGCAACUUUUUUUGUGGCAAAUCAAUAUUAAUUUCAAGUCCUUUUUCACUUGACAAGAGUUGUUGACAUCAACCUCUCAAUACCUUUUUAUUACUUUAUGGUGUGCAAGGAAGUUUUACAAUAGCAAGCCAUUUCAAAUUUUGGAUUUUAAUGCAUUUUUUUUUGCAUUGAAAGAUAUGCUUUAAAAUAGAAAUAAAGCCCCUCAAAUCAAAAUGAGCAGAACCUCAGACUUUUGACCAUAUUAUUGUUUCCUACUUAAUACCAACCAAGCUGAAAAUUACUGAAUAUAUUUUGUUGAAGGCAAAGAGAGAGUACAAAAAAAGUCUAGUCUUAAAACUAUUUUAAUGUGCCAUAAGUUAUGCAAAUUUGUGCCAUUAAUUAAAAAUUUUAAUUUGUUAAGCAUUCCUAAUGCAUGUCUUAAAUUACUUUGAGUGCCUUGCAAUCAUGCAUUUUUCAUGUUAUUUGUGGAAGUACUUGUGCAUUUAUCAACUGAGAUCAUAUUUGUGAUAUACAUUUCAUUCUUAAAUGUUACAAGUGCCUUGUUUUUAAAAUGUGAAUGUGCUCGUGUUGAAUGUUUGCUUAUUUAAAUAAACACACGUAAAAGCAAA